AUGACUAUUACAGAGCCUAAACGUAUGGACAAUACUAUGGCGUUGUCCUUACUCAAGCUAUACAGGGCAAAUCGAUCUUUACUAUUAAAUACAUCAUAUAUUGUUCUAAUAACGGCAGCGUUCACGGGAGCAGCAAGCACUGGGCUAUCCAAAACUUCAACUGCAAAACCAGAAAAGCAGCUAGAACAGUCACUGCAGAAUAGUAAUACUACUGCUACUGCUACUGCUACUAAGAAAAAAUACCCGAAAUUGUCGCGCCAGGCUUUUGAGCGAUUGGCCAAGGCUAUUAUUCCUACUUAUCACGAUAAAGUUAUUGGCUACUUGGUUUCUCACUUGGUGUUAUUGGUAGUGCGUGCAUUGCUAACUAUAAAAGUAGCAACUUUAGAUGGUCAACUUGUAGGUGCCUUAGUCUCGAGAAGAUUGAAAGUUUUCAGUAAAUACCUAUUGAUUUGGUUGUUGAUUGGUAUACCUGCUUCAUUAACAAAUGCGUCACUAUCGUGGACAAAAGAGAAUUUAAGCAAAAAAAUUCGAGAAAACUUGAAUCAAUCAAUUAUGCAAGAAUAUUUGCCUGACAAUCUUGAUGCUAAUUAUUAUUCCUUGAUCCAUUUGAGUGAUAACAAGAUUAAAGACCCUAAUCAGAGAAUUACAACCGAUGUGUCUAGACUAGCUUCUGCUUUGAGUAGUUUACCCGGUCAAUUACUCAAACCUACUUUAGAUUUAUUGCUCUGUGCAAGACAAUUAAGUCAGAGUGGAGUUGGAAAUGGUGAAGGAACUUUGGCCUUGGGGAUUCUUGCUCAUUUUUCAACAAUGAUCAUCAGAUUCUUUUCACCGCCAUUUGCUAAACUAGCUAGUGAACGUGCGAAUCUUGAAGGGCAAUUAAGAUCAGCGCAUUCUAAAAUCGUUACCAAUAGCGAGGAAAUUGCCUUUUUGAAAGGCCAUUUCAGAGAAUUGGAUUAUAUUGACUACUGCUAUUAUACUUUGGAAAGAUUCAGUAAAAUGGAGUAUUGGAAAAAGGCUAUCCAUGAAAUUGCCCAAACUUUUAUUGUUAAAUAUUUCUGGGGUGCCGCCGGUUUAGUCUUGUGUUCCGCUCCGAUAUUCAUUUCGAAAUAUGUAGGUGAAAAUCCAGACAAAAAUGCUGCUGGAAAUUUCAUCACCAAUAGAAGAUUAUUAAUGAGUGCUUCCGAUUCCUUAGAUCGAUUGAUUUUUGCCAGAAAGUAUCUUUUACAAAUUGUCGGUCAUGCUACUAGAGUUUCCGAUUUCCAAGACACGUUAGCUGAUGUGGAAAAACGGAAAAAGACAAUUACAUCAAAUGUCAAGUUCAAUAAUGAUGAAAUAGUCUUUGAUAAAGUAAAGCUAUUAACCCCAGCUAAUGUCACUUUGAUUCCAUCCUUGAGUUUUGAAAUUAAAUCGGGUGAUCAUUUGUUAAUUGCAGGUCCCAAUGGAUCAGGCAAAUCAUCUUUGUUCAGAAUGCUUGGUGGAUUAUGGCCAGUAAAAGAAGGGACAAUAACAAUUCCAACUACGAAAAAUAUGUUUUAUCUUCCACAAAGGGCAUACUUGGUUCAAGGAUCAUUAAGAGAACAAAUCAUCUAUCCUCAUUCCGUACAAGAGCAGAAAAAGGAUGAUUCGAAAUUAAAGGAGAUUUUAAGAGUAUUGAACUUGAGCGAGUUUGCAGAUCAGCUAGAUGAAGUAAAAUGUUGGGAUGAAGAAUUGUCAACUGGCGCACAACAAAGAUUGGCAAUGGCGAGAUUAUAUUAUCAUGAACCCAAAUUCGCAGUGUUGGACGAAUGCACUUCAGCAGUGAAUCCCGAUAUGGAACAGUUUAUGUAUCAAUAUGCUCAAAAACUUGGUAUUACACUACUUUCAGUAGCUCACCGACCUGCUUUGUGGCACUUCCAUAAAUACCUUUUGAAAUUCGAUGGCAAAGGUGGAUAUUUUUUUGGAAAAUUAGAUGCAGAAAAGAGAUUGAAAUUGGAACAAGAGAGGAUUGAAUUGGAGAAAUUAUUAAGAGAUAUGCCUGUACUUAAAGAGAGAUUAGCUGAAUUGAAGAAAGUGUCUCAAUUACAACACGACAAGUAUCGUCAUUGA